UAGUGGUCUAUGGAGUGCGAUCAUAGAGCAGGCCAGAAGCAGUAUGGAAGCAGUUCGGGUGAGCAUGUCACAGCGUCCAGUAAAUAGAAGAUGGCUGUGCAUCGAUGGUCGUUGGUCGAAUGUUCGCGAAGCCAAAUGGUGCACGGUGUCGUUCAUGGACCGUGAAUCCCGAAAAAUCAUGAUGUGUAAAAACACUAGGAGAGGGAGGGAUGACGACUCAUCGGUGAUGCUAGAGAGGGUAGCGUUCAACCAGGGCAUGGACGAGUUAGUGAAUAGUGGUUUUGGGCUAGAGGGCAUUGUCACGGAUAAGGGAAACACUUAUAGUGGAGCCGCCAACGAGCGAGGCAACCAAGCCCACAUGGGCGGUGGCGACAUGGAUGUGGAGGGAGAGGAAAACAACAGACAGGGAAGUGGGGCAGACGAGAACGUGGAUCCGGCAGCGGGGACCCAGCAGCAGAGCGGCAGGCGUUGGGGUCGGCGAGCCCCAAGAAGACGGACGCGUAGAGGCGGGGCACGGUCGGCUGACGGGAACACUCCGACUCCCGAGGAGGUAUCGGAGGAGUUGUGCCUGUGUGCUGACCACUGGGUAGGGGAUCACUCACGGUGUGGUGCACGGGCAGGUGCAACGCCAAAAUGCGUGUCGGAGAACUGGGGUCCUGAGUGCGCUAUAUACGAGCGGAACUCCGCUACACACUUGGCAGUGAGGGAUUGGUGUCGUAGGAACUUUAGUAUAGCCAAGGUGGCUUGCAUUGUGGAGGGCGCUACGAGUUCCAUGAAUGACUCAUUUCAUUCGCUCAUCCUGAAGUACGCCCCAAAAGGAAACAGGUUUCAAGGAAGCUAUGACGCGAGGGUGGCUCUGGCAGUAAUACAUUGGAACAAUUGCAUGGACCGGAUCGUGCGCGCUUUUGUCACGCGUGUGCGUCAUAUCACGAGAGUGCGGCGCCGACGGAGGGACCGGGUACUGGGUCCGAUGGACUGGUGUUGGGUCGACAACAUCCUACACGAGUGGCGGCGACCCUCGGAGGAACAGACUGAUGAUGAUCUUGCGUCGGCGGCCAUGACUGGUUCGCCUGCAACUCGGGCACAGACGGGGACAGCAACACCUCAGACAGCAGUCUCGCCUCCCGACAUUGCGUUGUCUCCCCCGUUCACCAGGGUGCUGUUUUGUCUCGGAUUGCUCCCCUCAGCCACCCCUCUCUGGUGGGGGUAUCCUAUUGCAGCAUCUUUUUGAAUCCGGGGUGUAAUUAUUCAAGAAUGCCAGCCAACUAGCUCGG